AUGGCUGAGAUUACAACAACCUCAGAUGUGUUCACUGAUGAAGACAUGAAAGAACGAAAUAUAGAUGACUUUACACUUGUGUGGUUAGAUGGUAAUAUUGAUGAAAAGAGCAAGGACGAUACUUGUAAACAAUUCCGUUCGAUUAUUAAUUAUUUAAAAAUAUUUGAUAACCUUGAGGAAUGUUAUAACUAUAUUCUUACUGUUAAUAAAGAAAAAAUAUUUUUAAUUGUAUCGAGUAAAUUCGCACUAACCAUCGUACAACGUAUACAUCGACUUGAGCAAAUUGAAUACAUUUAUAUAUUAUGUUUAAAUCCGUCAUUACAUGAAAAAUGGACAAAAAAAUAUUCAACUAUUAUCCAUGGCGUUUAUAACGAUAAAGAAUUGUUAGUUGGUAAACUAACUGAAGAUGUUCAGAAUAGCGAAACAUUUUUCAAUGCCUUAAUACUACUGUGCACGCCAAUGACAAUGGUAUCACCAUCAUCGGUAAUAGUAACGCCGUCGAAUGAACAAUCGAAACAUGUCGAUUUUUCGUGGUUUACAUGGUAUCAGAUAUUAAUUGAUGUAAUGUUAAACAUGGACUAUACGCUUAAAGAGAAGCAAAACAUGCUAAAUGAAUGUAAACAAUAUUUUAAUGGAAAUGUAAAAGAGUUACAACGUAUUGAUGAAUUCGACAAAAACUGUAAACCCUCGACAACCAAUACUUUGCUCGAAGAUGACAAUACCAUUGACAAUCAAUCCCGGUGCGAUGCUUAUCUAUUGGAAGCAACAGAAAUUGAUCGAAAUUCAAUGAUAUGGUGGUAUAGGAAUUACUCAUUUUUCGCUCGUGUAAUUAUAAAAGCCUUUCGAACACAAAAUAUUGAUACUCUGUUUAAAUUUGGUUACAUCAUAAAAAAUUUGCAUAAUCAGUUAAAACAGUUACAUUUUCAUUCGUUGAUUCAACCAAAUAAUUUCUUCGUUUAUCUUGGUGUGUGGAUGAAUCAAAAAGAAUUGGAAACCAUACAAGCAAAUGUUGGUGCAUUUACUUCAAUCUUAUCAUUUCUAUUAUUAAACUGCGAUAAAACUGCUGAAUUAGAUCUUAUUCAGUCUCAGGAGAUAGGAAAUACAAGGAAAAAAAUUAUUUUAUUUGAGUUUAACCUCGACUCAGGCAUAAUUACAAAAUAUCCAUUUGUAAAAAUUGAAAAUUGUGUAUUACUUACUGUUGGAACUGUUUUUCGCUUAAUUUCAAUUGAAAAACUUCAAACAACAUUUGCAUCCAAAGCGAGUUCUGUUAAGGAAAUAUGGCUAGCAAAACUGAUGGUAUUCAACGAGGAAAACACACUUCAGAUAAACACCAUCAACUAUAUAAAAGAGCGAUUUGAUCAAGAUACAAAUUUAAUUUUGUUAGGUGUUUUUAUUGAGCAUUUUAUGGGCGACACUAUUAAAGCAACAGAAUAUUUUAGAGCCUUACACAACCACCUACCAUCAAAUCAUGAAGAUCGAGGAGAGAUUUACACUUUUAUGGCUCAUUUUUAUUUUAAACAGAAUAAUGAUGAUCGUGCUUUUAAAUUGUAUGAAAAAGCAGUUGAAUUCUUUUUAGAACAACGUCCAUUGAAUAAUAUAAAACUGAUAAAACUAAAUAAUGAUAUGGGUGUGUUGUCGAUGAGGAAGAAGAAUUAUGAUCAAGCAUUAAUAUGUCAUAACAACGCACUUACUCUAUGCUUCGACUCCUGUUCGACAAUCGAUUAUUCGUUACUCGCUCUGACAUGGGCUAAUAUUGGCAGCACUUAUGCGAUUAAAGGUGAGAAUCACAAAGCAUUAAAUAUCUAUGAAAAACUGUUACAAUACGAAUUAAAAACAUUCCCAUCAAAAAAUGAAGCCAUUCUUGUAACCUAUCAAAAUCUUGGUUCUAUUCAUGGUGUAUUAGGGCAUGCUGAUGAGGCAAUAAAUUAUUUUCACAUGUUGCGUAAUAUAGUACUUGAAACGGACCCUACACAAUGUUUAACACUUUCCGAAGUUUGCCAUGAUAUAGCUGCGAUAUAUAUAAAAGAAAGGAAUUAUCAAAUGGCAUUAACAGAAUUGGAAACAGAACUUGAAUAUAAAUUACAGGCAUGUGUUCUCGCAAAUCCAUAUUCUAGGCCGAACCAAGCCGGCCGAAUCGAAAGUAAAAUGUCGCUUAGAUCCAAACACUUAGAAGCCAUGUUGGGCUAUAUAUCUAUCAAAAAAAUUGGUAUGUCAUUACGUGAGGUUCAACGGAUAUGA